AUGGUUGCUGUUCCUUCUGACCCUGCUUUAAAAUCCUCCUAUUCAACUGAUAGCCGCCGUCAACAAUCCAAUUCACCGCCACCUUAUUAUCCUGCAAGUGACGGUAACCUAUCCACAUCUUCCUCUACAGGCUCUUCUUUAAAGCGCAAACGAUAUUCAACUCGUACAAAACAAUCUACUCUCGUUGACUCUACUCAAAAGAAAUUUAAAAGUCUUAACUUAACAAAGAAUCCUUAUCGUAGUCUAUCAUGGAAAAUAGGUGAACAAGUAGAAGCUAUCAAAUGGACAGAUGAUGCUAAAGAAUGGUACUGUGCACGUAUUGUUGAUAUCUUCAAAGAGCCUCCUGACGAAGUUUUAGUGUUUGUUCAUUACGAAGGAUGGCCACCUGAUCAAGCAGACUGGAUCAGUCCUACUCUCAUCCGAUCCCUUACACGAUCGCCACUUUUGUAUGGUCCGAGAGGUGCUGAAAGUGAUCGAUCGUGGAAGGAUUAUGCUGCCUUUCACGAAUCAGCAUCAGGUCAAUUAGCAAGACGUCAUACAGGAAUCGUUCAAGAUAGACGUAUGUCAUUACACACAUGUCCAUGUCAUUCACGUGAGACAAUUCAUCCUGAGAGACCCGAUCGCAUCAGUUCCAUUCUUCAAGCAUUUCAUAGUAAUCGUAUGUUACGUUAUUUUGGAAGAGUACAUGCUCGUGAGAUUACCACACAAGAGCUCUUACGGGUUCAUACAUUUCAACAUGUUCGUAACUAUUAUCCCUUAGAUGAAAAUGAACAAAUACCUAAACGUAAACGGCCACUUAAAGUAACCUCGAUCGCUGCCCUUCUCAACCCCAUUGAAGAACCACCGCGACCCAAGGUGAUGCGAGGUGUAAGUGGCGAUGUCAUUGUACAAGCUGAUAAAGAGCAUAUUAGAGAACAACAUAGGAGAUUUUCUUCAGCUGCUGCGGCUGCAGAUGCUUCACAAAGUAAUCCUCAGCCAAAUGCACCACCAGGUUUGAUCUGUAAAAUGACUUGUGGUGAAUUGGGUAUCUCGGUUGAUACCACCUUUCAUCCAUUGUAUAGUAGUCUAUCGGCUCGUGUUGCCUCUGGAGCUCUCUUGGCACUCGUUGAACCUAUCAUAAAAGGGCAGCUAAGAAAUGGCUUUGCAUUGAUUCGACCACCAGGACAUCAUGCAGAAGAUGAUUUGGCAAUGGGUUUUUGUUUUUAUAACAAUGUGGCUGUAGCUGUGGCUGAUACGUUAGACAAAUAUCCGACAAAAAUCAAAAAGAUACUUAUCAUUGAUUGUCAUGGAAACGGGACUCAAAAAAUAUUUUAUGAUAAUCCAAAUGUUCUUUAUAUUUCAAUACAUAGAUGGGAUAAUGGUAAAUUUUAUCCUUUUAGUGGCGCACCCGAUGAAUGCGGAGAAGGUGCUGGUCAAGGUCGGAAUGUGAAUAUCGCAUUAAGUGCUUCAAAAGAAAAACCAAAACCUAUGGGAGAUACUGAAUUUGUAGCUGCUUUUUAUCAUUUUGUUAUACCCAUUGCAAAGCAAUUUCAUCCUGAUAUGAUUUUUGUCUCUGCUGGAUUUGAUGCGGCUGAAGGACAUCCAGAAAAUUUGGGAGGAUAUAAUGUAACCCCACGCGGUUAUGCGCUAUUGACAAAGAUGGUCAAAGAUUUAGCAGAAGAAUUAUGUGAAGGACGUCUUGUGCUAACGUUAGAGGGCGGAUAUGAAUUACAGCCACUUGCCGCAGCAUGUGCUUCAAGUGUUGUACAACUAUUUGCAUCAGAGACAUUGCCAGAACAACAGAUCACUCAUUUUAAGCGUACAUUAAAUGCAAUUAAACCGAAUAUGGGAGCUGUUGAAAGCUUUCGUCAAAUUCUAUUGAUGCAACGAAAGCAUUGGAAUUUUCCGGAUUCUAUGCUGUCUUCUAGUUUUAGAUUCUCAUUACCAAAUGAUUGGAGAGCAACAGAUAGUUUUUCCACUAGACCACGUAGAGAUAAAAAACCUGUAAAGACGCCUAUCGUUGAAGGUUAUUAA